GAUGCUGCAGACUUUUUAUUGAAAGGACUGGAUCUGAGUGUUGAUCCGUGCCAGGAUUUUUACGCGUUCGCUUGUAACACAUUCAUUAAAAACAACCCACCGCAGACACUAUCAUACGGCCAAACACAGAAACUCAUCAACGAAGCCAUCGCUAAGAAACUGAAUGCCACUUCUCAGACCACAACAAAUGGAUUCCCAAUGCUGGAGAAGGAUUGGAAGGAAGAAUCUUUGUCGAAUGGCAAAAUGUGGAAAGCAAUUGCUACUCUCGAACUCCACUACGGCCUCUCCACGUUGCUUCAGUCAAUGGUCACUGUUGACUACAGGAACGUCAGCCGCAACGCCUUGUACUUGGAUCAGUUGCCACUAUCGAUGUCACGUGAUUAUUACGUGAAACCGCAAUUCAUCAGCGAGCUGAAUCUCUACAGGGAUAACAUGAUAAAAGCCGUAAAACAGUUCAGAACUGAUAUCCAAUCACCUGCCAGUGACGAAACCAUUCUCAGUGUUAUCUUUUACAUUUAUUUGUUCAAUUAUUCAUUCAUUGGUUCACAGAUUUUCCUUAGUUUGAGUUUCGAAAUAAAUGAGCUUGACUCAGAGACGACGAAGGCCAUUCAACUGGAGGUAUCACUGGCAAUAGCAACAAUGCCCGGUGAAGAACUGAGAAAUUAUGAGCUGACGUACAAUCUUUAUACUCUGGAUGCUCUUAGUGAAGCAUUUCCAAACAUUUCUUGGAAUGAUUAUCUAGAGACGCUGCUUGAGCCGAAUGUACAGAAAAAUGCCGACCCGAGAAAAAACGAGUAUAUCCUGGAGAUGCCCACCUACUUCGGGACGUUGAAUACUUAUUUGGAAGGAAAAGUAUACUCAAAAAGAACAUUUGUCAAUCUCCUGAUGCUUCGUUUUAUUGCGGUUGGCAGUUUUUUAUUUUAA